UUGAAAUCGUCACCACAUCCCAAAAUAGCAAUAUGAAAACAUAUUUUACUGCAUAUGAUUGCAUACAAUGCUCAACAAUGACAAAGAGCUGACUCAAUUGUAAACUGUUUAACACAUUUCAAAUAUUUAAUGAUUUUAAAAUUCCUUUAUUCGUAGCAAACGCUUCAGCACCAACAAAAAAGUAGACCACGUAAAAAUGAAAAAAUAAUUUUGUAUGUAUAUUACUUGCGUUAUUUGCAGAUGCAGAAGAUAGACUAAGAUGGCAAAAGAUGACACGCUGGGGCGACCCCUAACGGGACAAGCCGAAAGGAAAAGAAGAUUACUAUUAAAUUUAAGUGUCCGAGUAAUGCAGCUCACGGUGAACGUUGACCUCUCUGAUAUGGCCGCUACGUAGGCACUUUAGUUAGCUUGGCUGCUACAGCAUGUUGGCGGAUCUACACUUGUCAGCUCCUCUGUGUAUCUCUCGCACUAUUCAGGAGAUCAACUGAGAACCGAAGAAGAGUUCAGACACAAAAGCAAAUAUAUCGAUUUUUGUUUCUUAUUUAUGAAUCAAAGAAUCUAUAGAAACAACAAAAACGGAUAUAUCUACUUUUUUGUCUUCUUCUUUUGCUUUCGGCUUGUCCCGAAUAGGGGUCGGCACAGCGUGUCAUCUUUUUCCAUCUAAGCCCAUCUCGAGCAUCUUCCUCUCCAACACCCACUGUCUUCAUGUCCUCCCUCACAACAUCCAUCACCUUUUCUUUGGUCUUCCUCUCGCUCUUUUGCCUGGCAGCUCCAUUCUCAGCACCCUUCUACCAAUAUACUCACUCUCUCGCCUCUGAACAUGUCCAAACCACUGAAGUCUGCUCUCUCGAAUCUUGUCUCCAAAACAUCCAAUUUUGGCUGUCCCUCUCAUGAGUUUUCUAAUCCUAUCCAACCUGCUCACUCUGAGCGAGAACCUGAACAUCUUCAUUUCUGCCACCUCAAGUUCUGCUUCCUGUUGUUUCUUCAGUGCCACCGUCUCUAAUCUGUACAUUAUGGCCGGCAUCACCACUGUUUUAUAAACUUUCCCCUUCAUCCUAGCGGAGACUCUUCUGUCACAUAGAACAGCAGACACUUUCCGCCAACUGUUCCAACCCGCUUGGAUCCAUUUCUUCACUUCCUUACCACACUCAACAAUGCUCUGGAUUGUUGACCCUAAGUAUUUGAAGUCAUCCACCCUUGCUAUCUCUUCUCCCUGGAGCUUCACUCUUCUCCCUCCGCCCCUCUAAUUCAUGCACAUAUACUGUUUUACUUCGGCUAAACUUCAUUCCUCUCCUUUCCAGUGUGUGCCUUCAUCAUUCUAAUUGUUCCUCCGACUUCUCCCUGCUUUCACGGCAGAUCACAAUAUCAGUCUAACCUCAUCCGUCACCCUAUCCAAACUACCGCAAACAGGAAGGGGCUCAGAGCGGAUGCCUGAUGCAGUCCCACUUCCACCUUAAAUUCUUCUGACACACUUACGGCACAUCUCACCACUGUUCUGCUUCCCUCAUACAUGUCCUGUACUAUUCUAACAUAUUUAUCCACCACACCGAACUUGCGCAUGCAGUACCACAGUUCCUCUCUUGGUACUAUGUCAUGGGCUUUCUCUAGGUCUACAAAGACACAAUGUAGCUCCUUCUGACCUUCUCUGUACUUUUCCACGAGCAUUCUCAAGGCAAAUAAUGCAUCUGUGGUCCUCUCUCUAGUCAUGAACCAUACUGUUGCUCGCAGAUACUUCUGUCCUGAGUCUAGCCUCCACUACUCUUUCCCAUAACUUCAUUGUGUGGCUCAUCAACUUCAUUCCUCUAUAGUUUCCACAGUUCUGAACAUAAAAAUAACAAAAUAGGAACUCAUACACUUUUCCAAAUUGCUUCCAUACAUCCACUGGUAUGUCAUCAGGACCAGCUGUCUUUCCAUUUUUCAUCCUGUUCAGUGCCUUUCUAACUUCCCCCUUACUAAUCAUUGUCACUUCCUGGUCAUUCAUGCUUGCCUCUUCUACUCUUCCUUCUCUCCCAUUUUCUUCAUUCAUUGACUUCUCAAAGUACUCUAUAUUGCAUAUGAACUCUUCAAAUGUUUGGAGAAAGUAUGAAACGUCAUUCCUCGAUGUCAUCAUUUCAUGGAGACAUCAGUUACAGACGCAGACAUACAGCAGUUUAGAACAUCACACACUUUCAUUGUGUAAUAGUCACGAAUCAGUGUCAUUAAUCUCAGUAUUACUGAAACUUUUUCCUUUCGACUGUCCUGUUAUGGGUCACCACAUCUUUUUCAUGUAAGCCUGUCUCCUUCCUCUUCCUCUCGAAACACCAACAUGCCUUCCCUCACAACAUCCAUCAACCUUCUCGUUGGUCUUCUUCUCAUUCUUUUGCCUGGCAUCUCUAUCUUCUCUCUUCUGGACAUGUCCAAACCAUUGAAUGCAGCCCUAUGGGGGCAAAAACCAAUCUGCAAUCUGUAUGCUGAUCUCAAACUCAGAUAAUGCAGAGGGCUAUGUUCGGAAUACCAUCUUAAAACUUUGCAAAACAAAUCUGAGCGUUCAGUAAUACUGCAAAUAGUUUCCCAAUUAUAACAAGACUGUAGAUAUGCAAUAAAAUAAUGAAGAAAUAAGAAAGCAAAAGGCGAAAAUUUUUAUUUGUGAAAUCCUGCUGUACCUAUGAUUCUGGUGUUUUACAGGACGCUUUUUUUUUUAUACAUCACUGUUGAUGAGCUAAAGUGUUGUUUGUGUUUUCUUGAGCUUCACUGCAGUGGAGCCCCCCCUGCCCGUCUUCUCCUCAGUGUGCCUUUACUGUAAGACAAUUGAGAUCCUUAAUAGUAUGGUGAUGUCAGAAAGAUUCCCAUUCUUAAUUAAUAAAAAAACAAUUCUUGAUGGUAGAUAUUGAAGUAGGUCUUAUGCUCAUAUUUAGUCAUGACUACAUAAUUUCCUCAUGUCCUCAGCUCUAGCCAGAUGUGUCCUUGAGCAAAUCUCUGCACGUAGGCUACCCUUGAUGAACUGCAUACUGGACACACCCUUUAUCUAAGUGGAAAGCCCCGAUCUCAUGCCACAGGAGGUGCACUUGUUUUUAUGAGGGAUGAACUGGUCGGGACUUGAAAGCCUUUUGAGCGGAGUCAAUAAGUACUCCACUGCGUUCGGGAGGAUUUGGCUGUCCAUGGUGUUUGUCUUCCGUGUGCUAGUAUUUGUGGUGGCAGCACAGAGAGUUUGGGGCGAUGAGAACAAAGACUUUGUCUGCAAUACACGACAGCCGGGCUGCACCAAUGCCUGUUAUGAUCACAUCUUCCCCAUCUCCCACAUCCGUCUGUGGGCACUGCAGCUGAUCUUUGUCACGUGUCCAUCUCUAUUGGUGAUGGCUCAUGUCAAAUUCCGGGAAGAUAAGGACAAGAAGUAUGUGGAGUUGCACCAUGGCUCCCACCUGUAUGCCAACCCUGGCAAGAAGAGAGGAGGGCUGUGGUGGACCUAUCUAGCUAGUUUGGUCUUUAAAGCUGGAUUCGACGUCUCAUUCCUAUACAUUCUAUAUCGGAUUUACCAUGGAUAUGACCUGCCAAAGUUAUCCAAGUGUUCACUGGAUCCAUGCCCAAACACUGUGGACUGCUUCAUUAGCCGUCCGACUGAGAAAAAGAUCUUCAUGUUGUUCAUGGUGAUUUCCAGUGCACUGUGCAUCUUCAUGUGCAUUUGCGAGAUGGUUUAUCUCAUUGGCAAGCGCAUCGUCAAACACCUAAAAAUCCGACAUGAGAAUGAGAGAAUGGUAUUUGCUGAUCAGCAUGAGCUCACCAACAUGGCCCCACCCAGGUCACUCUACAGGAAGACUGAUCCAACACUCACUGAGAGCCAGCUAUGUUUAAAAAAGAAAGAGAAGACCAAAGAUAUUGGUGCAAUUACAACACUUUAGAUCACCAGAGAUGGAUUAACUCUCUGAUAUAGAUGUCUCUACAGCAAUAAUUAAUGGAUAUAAAAUUAUGGACUGAAAAUGUGCUUUGUUGAAUGUGUUUGGACAUUAUAGCCUAAGGAGGAGGACAACUAUAAAUGCUAUGUUUGGGUGUCACAUUUCUAGCUCUUUAUCUUUAAGUAGAAACACCGUGCAACUGACUUCUACUUCUUCCCAAAUACUGAGCACAAUUGAAAUUCCAGUCUGUGGACGCGAACAUUUGCAUUGUUCCUUUGGUAAAUUACACGUACACUUUUGGCUGAAGAUUUAGGACCUUUGUGGUGCCAUGAUUACCAGAAUGUUUUGUGAAACAUAAUCCCAUUAUUUCAUGACAGAAAGUGUAUGGUUAAGUGUAAUUUAGAAUACAGUACAUCCAAAUAUGUUAUGCUAAAAUUGUUAUGACCAUUUUUGAUCAGUCCAUCUAUCCAUUUUCCAUAAUGCUUAAAACUGGGGGGAAAGUCACACCAUAGAUGACUUUCAUAGUUGGCCAGAAGUAUUUGAACAGUUAUAACAUAUUUAUGAUUUUACCUCCAUAAAUCAAUGAAACAGAGGUGAAAUUAAAUAAUCAAUAUAUAAUUGAAGUUUAGUUUCAGCAUUAGUUUAAGAGAAUUCAAAUAUCACCAUCUAAAAAUGUACAGACAUUUUUUUCCUGUCUGCAAAUAUGUAUCCAAGUAUAACAAAUGCUGGUUGUGUUUAAAAUUUAUAAUUGUAGGCACAAGCAAUAAAAAAAAAAAAAAAAACGCCAAUGUCAUUGUCCAACUACUUUUGGACCUUUGUGAAUAGAUAAAAAUGCAUGAUGUAUGUAUGAUAUACUCAUCCAUUACUGUUGUAUUUUAUUUCAUAAUUAGCUGUUCCAAUCGAGCUCAAAACACAAAUGGUCUCUCAGAUCAUAGUAAUUGUACACAUUAUUGAAGUUGUUGCGAUAUAAAUGCCAACUAAUACACAGCAACACUUCAUUUAUUGCAGGCUCUGCCCCAAACGACCAAUGACGUUUCUUUUAGUUUUCUUUAUUUCUUCUAUAACCAAAAAACAUACAAUAGAGCGCACUGCUCCUCAAACGUCCAUUUGAGUACUUUCUGUAAAUAAAUACACCAUAAGGCGUGCUUUUAUCAAACUGAUAUAAAGCUGUCAGAGACGUGCAUUCUGUUGUUGAAGUUGUGUAAUGGAGGACUGUGAAGUCAACUGGAUUUUGUAGUACAGAAAAUUUUGGGGGGUUGCGUGGGGGGACUCAAUGUCCUUUAUCUGAAGGUGAGCCCUUGAAUCACAGCCCCAGCAGGAGAAGCCACCAUGUAGAUGUGUCAUAUCUGCUAACACUUCUUGCUUGUUAAAGGCAUAAACACAGAACACAAAGGGGGACACAGGCUCUCAUUUAGGUCUGGAAUGAUGGAUUGGAGUCAUAACUGGAAAACAAAAUCUGGUCUUGUAACUGCUGCUUACUUUUGAUUUUGAAUCACUUGUAAAUUAUGUGUGAGUACUGAGACAUCCUGUUGUCGAGACAGUUACUUUAUAUCUCGACUGAGAAAUCUAAUAGCUUCUUACUUUUAGAGUAUGUUAUAGAUGUUUCAUUCUUUAAGUCUGAAUCCACAAGUAAUGCUGUUGCUAAAACACUCUGGUUAACACUAGAAUGAAUGUUUGGGACACUAGAUCUCUUUCUUUCAGAUCAUUUUUGUGUGGUUGAAACAAUACUGAAUGAAUGAAAUCUGGAUGAAAAAUCUGGAAAAAAAUGGUCAAAACCCAGUGCAAGUUUAUUUCAUAGUGAUCAUGUUAUACAAAAAGAUGCUUUUGUGGAACUCCUGUAAAUGACUUGACUAUAUAAGAACACCUCUUGUUAACAUUAUCAAACUUUCAUUUACUUACUUUACAGUUUGUUCCUUGUUUAUUUACCAAGACAUGUCUGCAUGUUUAUUGUUUAAUUUAGGAACACUGCAGCUACAUCAUCUUUCCAAAGAAUUUUUGUGUGCUACAAUUCUUUAUCUAGAAACUAUUCUGUACAUAUUCAUAUGCCCUGCCUAUUAUUUGCAUCCAGAUCCAGGAUUUAGUGAUUCUGAUACAGUAUACUGAAAUAAAUUUUAAUGUGAUUUAUGUCCCGGGCAAUACAAUACAUACUGUAACCUUUAUAUUCCCCUAUGGAUAAAUCUAUUAUACGCUUGAUGUCUUGCUUUUCAAAUAUUUAUUUUUAUAAAUCAGAACUACAUGACAAAACAACUUUAUUUAAUCUGUCACUUUAUUUAUUUUAAAAAAAAGAUGUUACAUGGAUUAUUAUAAUUGUUUCAGCCAAAAAUCCAGAAACAAGUUUGCUUGUCUACAGAAAAAACAUCACCGUCAAAAAGAACAGAGACUCAACAAGGAUAGUGAUGGUCCUCCUCACUACUCAGACCCUGGCACCUAUC